AUGCUCACAGCUAAAGGCGUCGCUCUCGUCACAGGCUGCGCACAAGGUAUCGGACGAGCCGUUGCCCAGCGGCUCGCCUCCGAUGGGUUUCACCUUGGCCUAUGCGACUUGCAGGCAAAGCGGGAGCCGGUCGAAGAGCUUGCUUCCGAGCUGUCGAAGCGCCACCCUGAAUUGCAGACGACUGUAGUCCUGGGUGAUGUUAGCGCUGAGGAUCAAGUUCAAAACGUGGUCGAGAGUGUAGUCAAGACUUUGGGCGGCAUAGACACGCUCGUAACCUGCGCUGGAAUAGCUUCCAUCAACACGAUUCAGAGAAUAACCGAGAAAGAAUGGGAAGGCGUAUUCGCCGUCAACACCAAGGGCACCUUCUUCUGCUAUAAGCACGUCGGCCAUCAGAUGAUUAUACAGGGAAGGGGUGGUCGCAUUAUCGGUAUCAGCUCUCUCGCUGGAAAGCGAGGGAUGUUCCUCGGCAGCGCUUACUGUGCUUCAAAGUUCGCAGUACGCGGCCUGACUCAGUCUGCGGCGGCGGAAUAUGGACCCCACAAUAUUACCGUCAAUGCUUGUGCCCCAGGCGCCAUCGAAACUCCCAUGUUAAAAGAGUGUUUCGAGAAGGCCAAACUAUACGAUAACGAGAAAGCGGUUUUAGCUCAGAUCAAGAUAUCGAUCGACGGCGGAACUUACUUUGACUAA